UUAAAAAAUGGGGGUGCUGUCAAGUAAUUUAAAACCCAGUUUUUUGGGUUUAUUAAAAAUUUUAAACAACAUGAACUGGUUUAUUGUGUUUUUUAGUUUGAUUAAUAUAUCAGUUUGUAUUUACGAAGAUCAGAUUGGAAAAUUCGACUGGCGUCAAACUUAUGUGGGAAGAAUAAAAUUUGCACAGUUUGACACCUUUUCUACGGCGAAAAAGAUAAUUGUCGCCACAGAGGAGAAUGUUCUGGCUGCCCUAAAUUUGAAGACGGGUCAAGUAGUUUGGCGUCAUGUAUUUGAAUCUGCAUCAUCUGGUAAUAUCCAACUCCUUCAUGUCGGGGAGAAGGUUACAACAGUCACCGGAUCAAACCCUUACCUUGUCAGGGGAUGGGAUUCUAAUACAGGAGUUCUCAUAUGGGAGUGGUCAUUAACAGUUCAAAAUGAUUUAGUCGAGUAUUCCCAGUGGUGGGUUCAGAACAACAUGCUGGUUCAUGUUCUGCCAGUAUUUGGUUCUCAUGUAGAAGUGACCAUGUAUAACCUGGUGACGGGGACCAACCGUGGCGCCACAUCUAAGCUAUCUGCUGUCUGGACUAAUGAGAAAUGUGUAUUCGCAGCACCAUACUACACAUGUAUAUCAGGUCCAACUGAAAGCCAACUCCUUUUAUCAGUAGAUGUCACAUCAAACGCUGUACAGAUCCUAAACAAACCUUUAACUGACUUUGUCAAAAAUAAUCAAAUUGCUAAUGAGUUAAGAGCUCUGGAUGGUAACAAUGUACUACCAGGUUUUAUUAUAGGCAAUGAUAAAGUAGUGUUUAUAAAGGAUAAUCAUUUCGAAUUGUCGAAAGUACAUUUGAGUGAUAAGUCAGCAAGUGCUACGAUUGUUGACGGUGCUAAUGGACAUAUUUUAGUACAGACUUGGACGGAUGAAGUAAAGGGUUUGGCAUUAUCAGCGCACAGUAUAACCACUGGUAAAGAGAUACAAGACAUAUACUGCUCUGAAACAGUAAACAUUCCUGAGCCUAAGCUACUAGCUGUUAUGUGUACUCACUCGAGGGAACAAUCAGCCUGUCGGAUACUGACCAAUGCAGCGGAUGAUGCUCUACAUCUCAUGCAGCAAGGAGGCCGGGCGCUGUGGGUGCGCGAGGAGGCGCUGGCACGCGCGCGCGCCGUGCGCUUCGUGGAGCUGCCCGUGUCCGAGCACGACGCCGCGCUCGAGAGCGAGUUCGGCUCGCACGAGGCUGCCAAGGUUUAUAGUUCAGUAUGGUCGGCGUUUUCCCGUCGUCUGAUCACACAGUAUCAGCAAUUGCAGAAUUUAAUCAAAAGUUUCCGAGGAGAAAGUGCUGAACAGAACUCAUCGUCAUCCCUAGUUAGGGAUUACUUCAACUUGCACAGGAUUAUUGUUAUCGUGACCGAAUGCGGAAAGAUAUUCGGCAUGGACAACCUGUCCGGGGCGCUGGUGUGGGCGCGGCACGAGGCGCGGCUGGAGGGCGGCGCGGCGCAGCUGCUGGCGCGGCGCUCGGCGCGCACGCCGCCGCACCGCGCGCUGCUCAGCGUCGUCGGCCGCCAGCGGGGAACAGGUUUCGGCUACAUCAUAAGCCUUAACCCAAUUACAGGGGACUUGGUCGACGAGGGCCGCCUCGUGUUGGACAAGCGGCUACUGCAGUGCAUGUUGCUACACACCGCAGACGCAGAGAAGCUCCAUGCGCUCAUCUUACUGGACGAGGAAGAAAAUGUUCUUGUGCUGCCACACACAGCGGCUUCGCUAGUGCAGGACGUGUACAUGUUCGUAGCUGAUAGGGAGACAGCCAAGUUCCAGGGAUAUGCCAUCAAAUACGACGGACAACGAGCGGUGGCGCUGCGCACGUGGGCGAUGGCGGCCGGAGGCGCGGGCGGCGCGCGGGUGGUGGCGCUGGCGACGGCGGCGCCCGAGCACGUGCGCUCGCCGGGCCGCGCGCUGCUCGACCGCUCCGUGCUCUACAAGCACUCCAACCCCAACCUCGCGCUCGUGCUCCUCGAGCGCACCGACCCCGCGCACCGCGAGGAGGUGUUGGUGCUGGCGCUGGACGUGGUGUCGGGCGCGGUGCAGGCAGCGGCGCAACAUAAACGUGCUCGUGCUCUACCACUCGCUGCCUUUGCGGAUAACUGCUUCGUCUACGCCUACCGCAACGAGAAACAUCGCCGGCUGGAGCUCGCAACAAUGGAGCUGUACGAGGGUAAGGAGCGAUGGCUGGAGCCGGGCGCGCCGUUCAGCUCGCUGCUGACAGAACAAGACCCCAUCGUGGAUCGCCAGGCCUUUAUCCUACCCGCUGUACCCGUCGCUCUCGCCUUCACCAUCACCGAGAGGUCGCUCACCGACCGGCACGUGUUGCUGGCGCUGUCGGCGGGCGGCGUGCUGCAGCUGCCGUGGGCGUGGCUGGAGGCGCGGCGCGACGACGGCCCGCCCGCGCCCGCGCCCGAGCUGCCGCUGCCGCCCGAGCGCCGCCUCAACUACAACCGCACGCUGGCGCGCGUGCGCGCGCUGGCCGCCGCGCCCGCCGGCCUCGAGUCCACCUCGCUGGUGCUCGUCACCGGCCUCGAUUUAUUCUACACCCGAGUGGCGCCAUCGAAAACCUUCGAUCUCCUCAAAGACGAUUUCGACUACUACCUAAUCACGAUAGUGCUCGGAGCACUGAUAGCCGCCACCUACAGUACUAAGUACUUCGCAUCUCGCAAAAUGCUCAAGAUGGCGUGGAAGUGAUGACUGUAGUGUUAGCUACGAGUUUGAACUACAUAGUUCAAUUUGAAGUGUCAGUGCUAGUGUGUGGAGCGUCGGUCAUAUUGUGUGUUAUGUAUUGUAUAUGCAAGCAGUAAAUUAAAAGACACACACCAUAUAGGAAGGGAAAGGUUUUUUAUAUAUUAUGAAGUAAAUGGUUUACCAGAAAGUACUGUAAUGGGGCAUUCCAUAAUUUACGUCAUACGUUAAGAACUUGGGGAGGCCUAUGUCCAGCAGUGGAAUGCAAUAGGCUGAACUAACUGUUACAGAUAACGAAGGGGGUCGACGAAGUGGUUACAUUGUGUGACAAGGGGUUGGAACAGUCUCAGAACUUUGUGACAUCACAUUUCGAAAUAUAAUAUAUCUUAUUGUUAGUAUCAAAACAUGAUAUUUGUUGGCUGGGUUGUCUGGAAGACAUGGCUAAUUAGCCAUAAGUCUGA